UUGCAGAAACUGCCUUCUCUCUCUCAGAGACCUAGCUCGAGACCCAGGCUUCUCCAGGAGAGUGAGGACACCAUGGCUCUGAAGUUGCUGGUCCUGGUUCUGCUGGUGCUAGGGUGUGUCCAGCCUUCCCUGGGCAAGGAAACGGCGGCUGAGAAGUUCCAACGGCAGCACAUGGAUACCAGCAGCUCCCUCAGCAAUGACUCCAACUACUGCAACCAAAUGAUGGUGCGCCGGAACAUGACCAAGGAUCGGUGCAAGCCAGUGAACACCUUUGUGCACGAGUCCGAGGCAGAUGUCAAGGCUGUUUGCUCCCAGAAAAACGUCACCUGCAAGAAUGGGCAGACCAACUGCUAUGAGAGCAACUCCACCAUGCACAUCACAGACUGCCGCGAGACGGGCAGCUCCAAGUACCCCAACUGUGCCUACAAGACCAGCCAGUUGCAGAAACACAUCAUCGUGGCCUGUGAGGGAGACCCAUACGUGCCAGUCCACUAUGACGCUUCUGUGUAGGUCUCUACCUGAGGCCAGAGAUGCCCCACCUCAUCCCCUCUCUCCUCUUGCUUCCUUGCCCUGCGGGCAAUAACUCAAGUUAGUUAGGCCUCUUAUGUACUCCCCUCCCCUAUGCACACACACAAACACAUGCUUCCCUGGCCUGAGAGUUAAUUAGGGCUCUUAUCCAACACACACCUGCUCCCCUGGCCUGAGGCUUAUCCCUGUGUGGUUUGGGGGGUGAGGAGUGGGUUGUGAGAUGCGGCCCAUGUUAACCACUUCACUGAGUCUUUCAAUAAAAUACAGUUGCA